CUUUGAUUGUUAUUUAAGUUUCCCUGGCUCUUGAUGCAUUAACCCUAUUCCUCUUUGAAUAACAAUGGAUUCUGAUACCCCCAACCGCAAGAGGUCCAGAGACGAUCACAGCAACCCUAAUCCUCUUUCUUCUCCGCAACACACCACCACCAACAACAAGAAGAGGAGGAGGAAGCACAAUCAUGCUCCAACUCCACAACCCCCCACUCACCGCCACCGCUACAACACACGUCCUAAAGCUAACCCUAACCCUAACCCCAAUUCAGGCUCCGCGGUGGUUCAGCAAUUGAAGGAAACUGGUGCAGAGAACCCCCAGUUAUUCUCUAAGCAUGAAUUGGCAGCUAAAUUAGUUGACUUAGCUGGAAAAGAAAACGGGCAAGGUAAAUAUGAAGGUGCUGCACUCCAACUGGAACCUGAGGAGAAGUUGUCAAAGAAUGCCAGGAGGAGGAGGAAGAACAAAAACAAGAACAAUGCACUCAAUAAUGAAGUGGCAGAAGCAGAACCCACCAAACACAAUCACAAGAACAAAGAGAAGAAGAAAAGUAAGAGAUUGCUUCGGAGCAACGUGUCAGAAUCUAACAACUACAAUUCUGAGUCAACUGAUGAAAUCCCUUUGAGAACAGGCAAUGCCAAUUCACCUCAUCAUACCCGGAGUCAGGGAACUAAAGCACUACUCACUGGAGUGGCCUAUGAUGAGGUGUGUCAAUCAUGCCAAGUGCCUGGUCAUAAAUUCUGGAAAUGUCCGAAGAGGAAAGGUCGACACAUUCACGAGGAAAUUUGCUUCUUUUGUGGGGAAUUCGGUCACACGCUUGCAAAAUGCUCGGUUUCUACAGCAGGGGGAGGACGAUUUGCUAGGUGCUUAUUGUGUUUUGCCCAUGGACACUUCACUAAUAAGUGUCCACAAACUUGUCAUGGAAUCAGUAUGAAGGAGGUUGCUGCUAAUGGGCCUAUUGACAAAACUGUGGAAGCUUAAGGAGAGCACGCUGCUGUCUGUGUGGUUACAAAUAACUAGCAGGGAUGAUUUCCUGUCAAUGAGCAAAAUUACAUGUAUGGUUGUGUGAUUGUGUCAUGUCUUGGAGGCGUGGUAUUCCAAUUUUGUAGGUUUCUAUUCGCCAUAUAUCUUUUUAACAGAAGCAUUGGCAAUAUUUGCAUGCCAUGUUGAUGGAAAUUAAUCCCUUUUUAUAUAUAUAUUUAUAUUUUUCCUCGCUUAUGUUUCGAGAUUAAUUGGUGGCGUAUAGUUCAUUGAGUUUUCUUGGGUAACAGAUCAGUGGCUUGUAGCCAUAAGGAGAACAUGUUCCGUAGAGACUAAGAUAAUGAAGCUAUAGGUUGACAUUUGAAACUGGUAAUAUGGUGUUCAUGUUACUUAUUUGAGUUUAGGAACAAGGGAGGUUACAUACCC